AUGACUCGACUUUUGAUCAAAAAUGGAACUGUUUGUAACGAUGAUUCGAUGUUCAAAUCCGAUGUUUUGGUAGAGGAUGGAAAGAUUGUGUGAGUUUUUUUUUACUGGGAAUUUUAUUAGUUAGAAUAACUUGAAUAAAACUGUUCUUUUUUUAUUAAAAAAAUUAGUCACUUUUUUUCAUAUUGUUGUUGAAAAGGUUUGGAAAGAUCAAAAGAACAAUAUUUGAAAGGUGAAUCUAAUCAUUCUCGAUGCACAAAGAAAUCUGGAACAAUUUGAAACAUUUUCUCGAAAAGUUCAAGUUCUUAAUUAGUCUUUGUGCUUUUCCUCACUCAAAUCAGUAACAUGUCAAUUUUCUGAAAUGCUUAUCUCGUCAAGAUUGACAACAAGAUUCUAAACAAUAAUUUUUCUGAUUAACAACAAAUCGAAAAAUCAAACUAGAAUGUAUAUUUUUUUUUAUUUCAGAAACAUUGCUCAAUCCAUUGAUCCGCCAUCUUCUGAUGUUGAAAUCGUUGAUGCGACUGGUCGAUUGGUUAUUCCAGGUGGAAUCGAUCCACAUACUCAUAUGCAACUCCCAUUUAUGGGUGAAAUCGCAAAAGAUGAUUUCCAUCGUGGAACUGAGGCGGCUGUCGCUGGUGGAACAACUAUGAUUAUUGAUUUUGUGAUUCCAAAUAAAGGAGAAUCACUUUUAGUGGCUUAUGAUAGAUGGAGAAAUUGGGCUGAUCCAAAAGUUGUUUGUGAUUACGGUCUUUCAAUGGCAAUCACUUCCUGGAGCCCUGAAAUUGCUCACGAGAUGGAACUUGUGACUGGUGAACAAUACGGUAUCAAUUCCUUCAAAUUCUUCCUUGCAUACGCUGGCGUAUUUAUGGUUCGAGAUGAAGAAUUCUACCAAGGAAUGUUGCAGUGCGCAAAACUUCGCGCGUUGGCUCGAGUUCACGCCGAAAACGGAGCUGUUAUCAAAGAACGCGCCGAUGAUUUAUUGCAACAAGGAGUGACUGGACCAGAAGGACAUACACAAAGUAGACCAGAAGAAUUGGAAGCCGAGGCAACAUUCCGUGCGUGUACAAUGGCAGCACAAGCCAAUUGUCCGUUGUAUGUGGUGCAUGUUAUGUCAAAAGGUGCCGCUGCAGCCAUUUCACACCACAGACAACAAGGUAAAUUAUUGGGAUCUUCUUGAAAGCUGAACUUUGAAUUUUCAGGAGCAAUUGUUUUCGGAGAACCAAUCGCUGCCGGUUUGGCCACUGACGGUUCUCAUUAUUAUCACGAGGAUUGGCUCCACGCUGCUCGUUAUGUUAUGUCACCUCCUUUAUCUCGCGAUCCAUCGACACCAAAUGCACUUAUGAAACUUCUAGCAGCGUAAGUUUUCAUAAAUUGGCAGCGUACAUUUUGAAUUUUUCAGUGGUGAACUUCAUUUGACAGCCACUGAUAACUGCACAUUUGAUUGUAAACAAAAGGCACUAGGAAAGUAAGUACUUAAUUCAAAUUGAAAUUCUUGAACCACGAAAGUGAUUUUGUAGAGAUGAUUUCACAAAAAUUCCAAACGGUGUGAAUGGCGUGGAAGAUCGUAUGUCUGUUGUUUGGGAUCGUGGAGUUCAUCAAGGUUUGAUCGACCCAAUGAAAUUCGUAUCAGUGACAAGCACAAUGGCGGCAAAGAUUUUCAAUUGCUAUCCACAAAAGGGUAGAAUUGCGAUUGGAUCUGAUGCCGAUAUUGUUAUUUGGAAUCCAAAUGCGACUAGAAUUAUUUCAAAAGAUACACAUCAUCAUGUAAGUUUCUCAAAAUAAUAUUCAGAUACAGUUCUCUAUUGAUUGAUGUUUUAGGCUGUCGAUUUCAAUAUUUUCGAAGGAAUGGAAGUCUACGGUGUUCCAGAGAUCACAAUCUCCCGAGGCCGAAUUGUUUGGGCUGAUGGAAAACUUCAAACAGAAGCCGGCUCAGGAAGAUUUAUCAAACUUCCACCAGAUUCACAAAUUGUAUUCAGUUCAGUUGACAGAAAGAAGGAGGCGAACAAACCGAUUAAAGUUGAACGUGGUGAAGGAAAAUCGAGUGAACCUGCAACUUCUAAACUGAUAACAACAGCAUCUUCGGAUUCUAAUCAUAAUUUUGUUAAAAAACAACCACCCGGUGGAGCAUCUUCGAUUACUUUUUAA